AUGGCAGUCGCUGGUGCGAGGGUAGGGUUGCACUCAAGCAGGAGGAAAUGCAUACACCCGGGCCUUGACCCUCUACUAACCUGUGAUGUGUCUGUUCCUUUCUGUAGGCUCCGAGCAUCGUCUGUCCUGAUCGUAGGUCUGAAGGGGCUCGGGGCAGAGGUCGCCAAGAACAUCGUGUUGUCUGGAGUCAAGGCUGUGACGUUACUGGACCAUCAGCAGGUUACAGAUGAAGAUUUCACUUCUCAGUUCCUGGUGUCCAGGGCAGACCUGGGGAGGAAUAGAGCAGAGGCCUCCCUGGACAGAACACAGAACCUGAACCCAAACGUCAAGGUCAUGGUGGACACCGAGGAUAUCAAGGACAAGCCAGACGAGUUCUUUACCAAGUUCAACGUAGUCUGCCUGACCUGCUGCUCCCAGCAGACCUUGCAACGUAUCGGUCAUGUUUGCCAUGACAACGGGGUGAAGUUCUACGCAGGGAACAUCCACGGUUACUGCGGGUACAUGUUUGCAGACCUGGGGGAGCAUGACUAUGUGGAAGAAAAACCAAAGAUUAUCAAGACAGAUAAAGAGAAGGAGGAGGGGAAAGAAGAAGGUCCAGCUGCCAAGAAGGCUAAAGUAGACACUACUGAGACAGUGAUGGUCAAAAAGACUGCCUCCUACUGUCGGUGGCAGGAGAGUCAGACCAUCGACUGGACUUCAGACACCAACAGCAAGGCGCUGAAGAGAACACCACAGAUGUACUUCAUCAUGCAGAUUUUGCUGAGAUUUCGUGAUGACCACGGCAGAGACCCAGCUGUCAGCACCAGGGAGGAGGACAAGGUUGCGUUGCUACGGUUACGUGACGAUGUCCUGACAGAGAUGAAGCUGAAAACAGACCUGGUAGGAGACGAGUUUGCAAGCCACUGCUUCGUGGCCCUCAGUCCAGUGUGUGCUGUGGUGGGAGGUGUUCUUGCACAGGAAAUAGUCAAGGCUGUUUCUGGUAAAGAUGCACCACUGAACAACUUCUUUUUCUUCAAUGGAGUCGACGACAGCGGCAUGGUGGACUGCAUUGGGAGUAGGAGCUAGUGGGUGGAGUACUGGUAAACACAGCAAGGGGGCGCUUUUGCUGGACAUUUGUACCAUGAUCUGUCUGUCCAUGUACUGUACUGUUUGUUUUGUUUCUAAGUUCCUGUCUUCUGUUCCUUUGUGUUUAGGAUGUUGAGGACAAGGACAGGUUAUUGGGUAGUGAGAUUACUAAAGCACUCUCCUGUUAUAAGUCCAUGUAUUGUACAUGUCCAAUGUUUAUGUAUCAGAUUUCUCUGUGUCCAUUGUUGGUUUGCCUUGUGUUCAGUUCUGGUUCAAAAGAGGAGGACAAGGUUAGACAAAUUAUGGCCUUUUGUUGUCAGAUGAAGUAGAAACAGAGAGUUUGUACAACUGUUGUUCUCCGCUGUUGUAAACAUCGGUAUGAGGUUCAUUUGCAUGUCUGCAAUUGAUACCGGUAACAUUUACUGACAAAACAUUUCAGUCACACUCACAUAGGGGUUGCCUGGUGGAAAGGGAAAUUUUGGAAAACUAUAUGUCAAAAUUAAAAGCUUGGUUUCUUGGUGAUUUUCAAUCAGUUUUGUAUGUAAAACUGAUUCACAAGGAAACAAAACUGCACUUAACAAACUGAUUUCAUUAACAAUCACUUGAUAACUGUGUUAAAUGCAUUCAUACAGGAUAGUUUAGACAGACUAUUUGUAACCACUGACUCUGGCAUCAUAGAAAUUCUUGACACCAUCAGGAGAGGGUAACUGAAUACCCAACCUUUCCAUCAGGAUAGUCCUUAGUGCACAGCUUAACCUACAUUCAUGUGGACAAGUGGGUUCCCAGAACCUCAGGGGAAAUGUGUUCAACAGCAGGACUGUAACAGCAGGGCUACAGGCGAGGGAUGGUCCAGGGCUUGAUAUACCUUUUCCCCAUACCUACAAUCUGUGAUUCAUACCACUGAGCCCAAAUAUUUUUAGCUUGAAUUAUACAAGCUGUUUUCUCCAAUCUUUGAAAUAUAUUUUUCUGGUUGCAUGUGUAUUUCAAGCCCUGUAACCUGAAAUAGGUGUCAAGCUGCUAGGUCAGCAGGUCAUUAUAGAUAUACUGCUGUUCUAUAGUUGUUGUGGUUAUGUUACUGACAAACACUUGAUCUAAAGAUUUAUCUUGUAUACAUUGUUCCAAGGAUGGGGAACUUGUUGUUCAUUACUAUUUAUCUUUCCACCAAAACAGUCAAUCAUGUAUCAUAUUUAUCAGUCAACUCUCACUAUUUUAGAAUGGGUUGUUGUUUUCUUACAAAGUUAUGUCCAGUCUGCAAUGAUAUGAUUACACCCAAGUAGAAUACUUGAACCAGGCACACAAAACCAGUUUAUACUUUUUACAAUAAAGUUGAACCCAAGAAGA